AUGCCUGACAUCAGCAUUACUUUUAAUCGCCAGACGGUUAGUUGGUAUUACUCCGAUGAUUGGACUGUGUCUAAGCUGUGUAAUGAUAUACAAUCCAAGCUUAACCUCUCCAAUCAGAUCUAUCUUGGUCUCUAUGGUAGUGUCUUGGAUCCAAACACAUAUGUAUUGGAUACUACGCUUGUUCAAGAUAUCAUUACAGUUCUUGAUCAUAAUUUCCUUCCAACAUAA